AUGACAGAACAAAUCCCUUUUCAUCGUACAUCAACAAUACGACAUCGUAGUAGUCGAAAUGGUUCAAUAGCACCACAGGAUAAUGUUCUACCAACAACUGUUCCACCUGGGGGUGGUGUCAGCGCGACUGGAGGCGUUGUUGUCGGUGGUGGUGGUGUUGGGGGAAUUCAACAACAAUCCAGUGUAAGAAGAGCAUCAAUUAUGCAAAAGUAUAUGGGUGAAAUCGAAUUCACUGGAUUAAAUCAAACAGCCAGAGUAAGUUAUUCACUGAAAAGAUGA